GUAAUGCUUGAACGCUCCCUUAGUGAUCUAAAUAACUGUUGGCGUGAUGUGCGAUUCAGGGUUCGACCUCAACAAUAUUUGUAGCUGAAGAUCCGUGUCGUCACAAAUUUUUCACUUAGCGGGGUUUCUUACAAAUUUAUAAAUAAAUGAGGCGUCGUCCCGCCUUUAUAAGAAAUACCUAAAUAUAGCAAUCGAUUUUCUGACAGUCAACCGGAUAAAAUAGGCACCUCCUUACGUCUUCGUCACAAUGAGAGUCCAUUAGACACAAUAGCAGAGAUAUCAAUUACAAAUCGGGGUUCUAAAGUUAAUGGAGCUUUUCAUGAACACAUCAAUCAAAUGAUAGUAUAUAAGAUGGCAAAUAAUAUUUUCAGAAGUAUUAUAGAUCCAGCCCUUGACAUUGAUUAUCGUCAGGAUGCGAAACAGUUUCCUACUAUUCGAAGUUUUCGCUGCGUCAAUACUUCUCAUUCCGUUUUGGACGGUGGCUUUAAAGAAAACCUCAAAUGUUGAUGAGUAUACAAUGGAAAAUCAAAGAACUCACAUGAGGCAGAACUACGUUCUUCGAGGGUCAGACGAUAAUCGUGAUGAUAAUUUUGGUAUAGCCUAUGCGAGAUCAUAUAACUCGGAGAGAUCCGACGAAUUGCCUGCUCUUAUUGUCGACUAUGCUAAUAUGAUACGGAAUGAUAUCGUACUCUUGGACAAUUCCGUAGAAACAAGAACAAGAAAACGCGGGAAUGUUAAAGUCGAGAACUAUAAUGGUGACCAUCAGACACCUUGUAGCUGCGAGCAGGAGAGCGGAGACGUUUUAAUUCUUGGUGAAGACUACGUCCCAAGUUAUAUUGAAACUAUAAAAUGCAAUACAGGACUUUGUUCGCCACCCUACAGCUGCCAAAGACGUGUGUAUAAUAUAACUGUUUUAAAGAGAAAGAAAUAUGGCGAAAAUUCAAUGGAAGAACUGCCUGAUGAUUUGAGAAAACGAUGGAUUGCUGUCAAGAAACCCGUAUCUGUUGCCUGCCUUUGUACUGUGGAUAUUCGAGAACACUAUUAAAUUAUGUACAAGGUUAAAGACUAUAAAUAAAUAAAAGGUUAUCAUUA